ACUUGAUGCUUGAUGUACAUUAGUGUUACAUAAACUUCAAAAUACUAAAAUGAUGAAAAUAUUCGCAAUUUCUUUCCUCAUUUUUUAUUUUCAAUUAAUUAAUUCGAACGCAAAUGGAGCAACAUAUCAAGAAAAUUGUUUAAGUAUUGUGUUAAAAGGUGGAUGUCCGCAUAAAGACGUAACUUUUUGGCUAUACAAUAAAAACGCACAGAAUUAUUUAUUAGACGAAUUUAAUAUAACAAGUAUUUCUAACGCUCCUUGGGUUCCAAAUACUAAAACCGUUUUAAUUUUACAUGGUUAUGCUAAAAAUAAAUCAGUAGAACCCAAUAUGUGGCUUAGACCUGAAUAUAUGAUAAAAGGCUAUAAUAUAAUCUCCGCUGAUUAUCCGAAAGCUGUACCAGCUCCUUGUGAGGUGCAAUCAGCGGAAAAUGUUCGUAAAAUUGGAAAAUGUACCGCUGUUUUUAUAGAAACACUUUUAAGCAAAACCAACGGUACAGUCGAAUUAAAUAAAUUACUUGUAGUCGGGUCUAACCUAGGCACACAUGUUGCUGGAAAGGCGGGAAGUGAAUUAAAAAAAAAGAAGAUUACUUUAAAUAGAAUAGUGGGUCUUGAUCCACCGUUUACUUUAUUUCACGGCCCUUUAAGUUUAAUAACCAAGAAUUCAGCAAACUUCGUUAUGAUAAUCCAUACAAACAAGUUUGAUUUUGGAAAUCCAGAAUUUACUGGUCACGUUGAUUUUGUUGUUAAUUAUGGUUCCUUUCAACAAUAUUGCCUUGAAGAAACAGGUCCAGUAGUGUGUAAUGAUAUGGCAUCACGGUAUUAUGCGGAAUCAAUUAAUUCCAAAAUGUUCUUUUGUGGGGUAUCUUUAGAUAAAAAGAAAUAUGCUAUAAUGGGAGAAAAUACUCCAGAUGGGACGACUGGAGUUUAUUUUGAUUAUUUAUUAGACGAAUUUAAUGCAACAAGUAUUUCUAACGCUCCUUGGGUUCCAAAUACUAAAACCGUUUUAAUUUUACAUGGUUAUGCUAAAAACAAAUCAGUAGAACCCAAUAUGUGGCUAAGACCUGAAUAUAUGAUAAAACGCUAUAAUAUAAUCUCCGCUGAUUAUCCGAAAGCUGUACCAGCUCCUUGUGAGGUGCAAUCAGCGGAAAAUGUUCGUAAAAUUGGAAAAUGUACCGCUGUUUUUAUAGAAACACUUUUAAGCAAAACCAACGGUACAGUCGAAUUAAAUAAAUUACUUGUAGUCGGGUCUAACCUAGGCACACAUGUUGCUGGAAAGGCGGGAAGUGAAUUAAAAAAAAAGAAGAUUACUUUAAAUAGAAUAGUGGGUCUUGAUCCACCGUUUACUUUAUUGCACGGCCCAUUAAGUUUAAUAACUAAGAAUUCAGCAAACUUCGUUAUGAUAAUCCAUACAAAUAGGUUUGAUCUUGGAAAUGUAGAAUUUACUGGUCACGUUGAUUUUGUUGUUAAUUAUGGUUCCUUUCAACAAUAUUGCCUUGAAGAAACAGGUCCAGUAGUGUGUAAUGAUAUGGCAUCACGGUAUUAUGCGGAAUCAAUUAAUUCCAAAAUGUUCUUUUGUGGGGUAUCUUUAGAUAGAAAGAAAUAUGCUAUAAUGGGAGAAAAUACUCCAGAUGGGACGACUGGAGUUUAUUCUUUUUUAUAUUUCAAAGUAAUCUGUAAAAUGAAAACCGCUGCCCCAUUACACAUAAGUUAUUUUAUUUUGCUUUUUGUCACUUUGACUAUAGAGCAAAAACGACAUUUAACAUCUUUUCGAACUCUUGCCUGCUUAAAGCUUGUAACGAUUAGUAAAACAUGUCCACAUCCUGAUAUAAAGUUCUGGUUAUACAAUAACAAAACAACAAAUGGUUUUCAAUUAAACUGCACAAAUUUUAAUAAAGCCCCAUUUCUGUCAUAUGAUAAUAACAACACUAAAAUUGUAUUUCUUUUAAAUGGAUAUAACGGAAAUUUAAGCAAUUUUAUUAAUGCAGACAUCAAAUCAAAUUACAUCACUUCAGGCUACGAUGUUAUCUCGGUAGAUUAUUCUUCUUUAGUUCCAAAACCCUGCUAUGUACAGGCAGUACAUAAUGUUGAUAUAAUAGCACAUUGUUUUGCGGAUUUUGUAAUAUGCAUGAACAAAUUCAAUACAACUUUAACCAAAGAUGUUCACGUUGUUGGAUUUAGUUUGGGAGCUCAAAUUGCUGGAAGAGCUGGAAAUCUUUUAAGAAAUGAUAAUAUAACACUUUCAAGAUUAACAGGUUUAGAUGUUGCUGCGCCACUUUUUCUGGUUCCUUACGUAAAUUCAACCAGCGCAAAAUUUAUAGAUGUUAUUCAUACCAAUGGAUUAUUAUUUGGAGAACCGAAAGCAAUUGGAAGCGUAGAUUUUUAUGUUAAUGAGGCAAUUAUCCAAUCCGCUUGUAUAAAUAUUACUGAUCCAGGAAAUUUAGUUUUAUGUUCGCAUGCAAAGUCGUGUGAUUACUUUGCCGAGUCAAUUUCACCUACAAAACCUUAUUUUUGUGGAGAACCGUUUGCCUUAAAUAAAAAUAACGGUGGAAGAAAUGAAAUAAUGGGCGAACAUGUCUCUCUUGAUGCUAAAGGAAGCUAUCGGGUAAAAACGAACAGUGCAUCUCCAUACGCAACAGCUGACUCAUGUUAAUAACAGAAUAAAAUAAAAUUUCUUUCAAAAAAU